AUGUCAGCCGCGUUCCAGGACGACCACGUCACGCUCCCGCUCACGCGCGCGGCCUCUGCGGACGACGCCGACCUGGACUCGCACGGGCUAGUGGCGGGCGUCUCGCCGCGCUCAUCGCCGCGCUCGUCGCUGCUCUCGUCCCCGCGCUUGGCGCCGGACGAUCGGACGCUGUUCGAGCGCUUCUGCCGCGCGUGGCGCCGCGUGCCCGCCCGCUGGUCCGUCGAGCGCGACCCGCACAUCGCGUUCACCCAGCUCGCCACGCUGUGCGCCUUCGUCUCGCUCUUCGUCUUCGUCUUCUCGGUCCCCGCCAUCCUUUCCUUCGUCGCGCCGCGCGCGCCCACGGCGCCGGGCACCGCGCCCGGCUUGGACGAGGCCGCGUCCAUGCUCUCCGGGAAGCGCGGCGCUGUCGCCGCCGACCACCCGCUGUGCAGCGAGCUCGGCGUCAGGGUGCUGCAGGAGAUGCACGGCAAUGCCGUCGACGCCAUGGUGUCGACCGUGCUGUGCCAGGGCAUUCUAGCCCCGUUCGCAUCCGGCUUGGGCGGCGGCGCUUUCAUUCUGAUACAUCACAUGCCCACGGCGGUGUCUUCGUUUUACGACGCACGUGAGGUGGCCCCCGCGGCCGCGAAGAUGGUCCUGUUUAAGAAGAACGCAACGCACGCAAAGUUUGGAGGCUUGUCCAUUGCUGUGCCCGGGGAGCUGAGAGGAUUGUAUGACGCGCAUCAGCAGUGGGGGGUGCUCAAGUGGAAGCAGGUAGUCGAGCCGACGAUCGAAAUUGCGGAAAACGCAAAGGUUGGCAAGUUUCUGGCCGUCAAGUUGCAGCAAAUGAAUGAGACCAUUUUGGCGUCACCAUCUUUGACCAAGAUCUUUACUAAGAAAGUGCUGACCAAAAAGGCAAAGAGCGAGCAGGAUGCUGCCGCUUCGGUAGAGCUUCCGGGCGUACGCAGGCAAGCUGGAGAUGGUGAUGAUUUGCUUGAAAGGAGCGCAGCGCGAGGCGUCGUCGAGACUCUUAAUGACGACUCUGUAGUUACUGACGCUAAUGACAAGGACAAUCAUGGGGUUUCCGCGCAAGGUGCCACGCCGGCGGAGGAUGGAAAUGCAACGUAUACAGUGAAACUUCUUGAAGAAGGUGACGAGAUGGUGAAUGCAGCGCUCGUGAAGACUCUCAAAAGCGUGGCUAGGAAGGGAUCUGAUGCUGUAUAUCAAGACUUGGCAGCAUCCCUUGCCGAGGAAAUCCGAGAGGCGGGGGGAAUAAUGACGACUGAAGACAUUGAGCAAUAUCGGGCAAUUGUUCGGCAUCCCAUUCGGUCAAAGUAUCAUGGGUUUGAAGUGAUCGGGGCUCCACUGCCGAGCGCCGGAGGCGUGAGUAUUGCUAUGGCGCUCAACAUGGUACGGGAGUUGAACUUUCGACGGAAAGGGCGAAACAGCGUGACGUACAAACUGCUGACGGAAACGUUGAAAUGGGUUUUCGGGGCUCGCAUGGGUCUCGGUGACCCUGGGUUUGUCACUGGGGCCGAGAGACAAGUGUGGUCGAUGUUAAAUCGUCGUGAAGCGCUCAAACGUGUGUUCCGGAUCAAAGACGACCGGACGUUUGGACCGAAACAUUAUUCUGACAAAAUCACAAUGUCUCGACUGGAGGACGGGACAUCGCAUGUGAGUAUUCUGGACAGUAAUGGGACUGGGGUUGCAGUGACGUCGACGAUCAACCUGCCAUUCGGGUCUGGGGUGAUGUCAGUCCGAAGCGGAAUUUUGCUGAACGACCAGAUGGACUCGUUCACGACGUCGGCGUCGCGCAGCAACGCGUACGGGAUGUACCCUUCGAAGGAAAACGGUGUAGAAGGCGGCAAGCGACCGAUCUCGUCCAUGUCGCCGACGAUCGUGUUGAGGAACGGGCGCGUGUACAUGGUGUUGGGCGGGUCCGGGGGCCCGAAAGCCGUGAGCGGGGUGCUGCAAACGAUGCUCAACGUGGUGGACUUUGGGGACUGGCUCGCGGACGCGAUCUCUGCGCCGCGUGUGCACCACCAGCUGGUGCCCAACGAGGUGUCGCUGGAGGGCGCCAACGGCACGACGUGCGAGCAGACGCACGCGCUGCAACGCCCCUCCGGCGGCAACGGGGUCUCGCGCAAGGAGGCGUGGAAGUACUGGGAGAGCGUCUGCAAGGCGCUCCAGGACACCGGACAUCGGGUCAGCGGCCCCGCCGUGCACGGCGCCGUGCAGGCUAUCGUCGCACCGGCCGCUCUGCUCAAUCCCAGGCAGCUCCGCAAGAAGGGCGCCGAUAGCCUCAUUUAUGCCGCUAGUGACGCGAGACGCAUCGGAAAGGCGGCCGUUUACUGA